AGCUGGGACCGCGUGGGCCAAUGGUGAGGCCUGCUGGGGCGCGGGUUCCGAAGCCUGGCGGCUGUGGGCUGGGGUCGCUAGUGUUCCUCGGCCAUGGCCUCGGAGAAGCCGUACCUGGCGGUGACCUGCACCGCGCCGGUCAACAUCGCGGUCAUCAAGUACUGGGGAAAGCGAGAUGAGGAGUUGAUCCUGCCCAUCAACUCCUCCCUCAGUGUCACUUUACACCAGGACCAGUUAAAAACCACUACGACAGCUGUCAUUAGCAAGGACUUCACUGAGGACCGGAUUUGGCUUAAUGGCCGGGAAGAGGACAUAGGGCAGCCGCGUAUCCAGGCCUGCCUGAGGGAGAUCCGCCGUCUGGCCCGAAAGCGGAGGAGUGGUGACGAGGAGGACCCGCUGCCUCUCAGCCUCAACUACAAGGUCCACGUCGCAUCGGUGAACAACUUCCCCACAGCCGCAGGCCUGGCCUCCUCAGCUUCAGGCUAUGCCUGCCUCGCCUAUGCCCUGGCCCAAGUCUAUGGGGUCGAGAGUGACCUUUCGGAAGUGGCCCGCCGCGGUUCAGGCAGCGCCUGCCGGAGUCUAUACGGCGGUUUCGUGGAGUGGCAGAUGGGGGAGCAGGCUGAUGGGAAGGACAGCGUUGCCCGGCAGGUGGCCCCUGAAUUACACUGGCCUGAACUCCGAGUCCUCAUCCUUGUGGUGAGCGCUGAGAAGAAGCUGACUGGCAGCACAGUGGGCAUGCAGACCAGCGUGGAGACCAGCCCCCUGCUCAGGUUCCGGGCUGAGGCGGUGGUGCCGGCGCGCAUGGCAGAGAUGAUCCGCUAUGUCAAAGAGAGAAAUUUCCAGGGCUUUGGUGAGCUGACCAUGAAGGACAGCAACCAGUUCCAUGCCACCUGCCUGGACACCUUCCCACCCAUCUCUUAUCUCAACGACACUUCCAGGCGUAUCAUCCACCUGGUGCACCGCUUCAAUGCCCACCAUGGGCAGACCAAGGUGGCGUAUACAUUUGAUGCAGGCCCCAACGCGGUGAUCUUUACUCUGGACGACACUGUGGCUGAAUUUGUGGCUGCCGUGAGGCACAGCUUUCCCCCUGAGUCAAACGGAGACAAGUUUCUGAAGGGGCUGCCCGUGAAGCCUGGCCCGCUCUCAGACGAGCUUAAAGCUGCACUGGGCAUGGAUCCUACCCCCGGCGGCAUCAAAUACAUCAUUGCCACUCAGGUGGGGCCCGGGCCUCAAAUCCUGGACCACCCUCACGCUCACCUCCUGGGCCCGGACAGCCUACCGAAGCCAACAGUUUGACCGCCUCCUUGAGCGGAGCCCUGGCCACCACUUGGAAAAAGGACUGCUUUGCUGGGACUGGGGAGCUGGGUGUGGCAGCAGCUGUGCCAUGCUUGUUGGGACUGGAGGGUGGCUACCUGGCUCCGGGCUGGUCAGUGUGCUAUGGCCAAGUGGGGGCAGUGAAGUGACUACUUGCAGGCUCCCAGGCGGCCAGGAACAGGGCACCCCGCCAAGUGCCUCACCUUUCCUGCCUGUGCCGUGCUGAGAUGAGGGCUGGGAUGGGAUGUGGGACCUGGUGGAUCCAGCCCAUUGGGUUGAGCUGCUGGUGUGCCCAGGUGAAGGGUCUCUGACCCUGAGCUCUGGGGCUACGUUCACUCGCCGAAACAGGAGCUGUUUCACUGAGAUGACGGAGAGUUGGCAUCCCUCUUUGGAGCUGGAGGACUGGUCACUGUUCAGGAAGCAACUUCUGCAAGCUCAGGAUCCCUCUACAAAGUGCUUUGAGCAUGACAGUCACCCUAGCUCCUCUGCCAGAGCUCAGAGCGCUGCGUGUGGAGAGAAUGUUUCUUCAUAAAAAGACUAGGACUGUGACUCCAAGGGAGAUGGGAGAGCAGCCCAAGAUGCCUUGUUAUACGGAAGCCCCACUGUCACAAGGAGCCCUGGCAACUGGGAAUAAAGCCAGAAUUGCUGAUCAGG